AAAGCAAUUGAUAUUGGAGGCACCUGGUCUAAGAACACAUACCCUAAUCUCAGCUGCGAUAUCCUUUCCCAGUUAUACUCUUACUCCUUCGCCCCCAACCCCGACUGGUCAACAACAUACGCAAGCCAACCUGAAAUUCUGGCCUACAUCAAACGCGUAGCCCAAAAUCUUCAGUUUCGCAUUCAUUUGCACCAAGAGUGCGUUUCCGCCCAGUGGCUAGAAGAUACGGAUCUACGGAGGGUAGAGUUUCUGGAUACCACCACCAACGAAGUGUAUGUGCGGCACUCUCGUGUUCUGUGUACUGCUGUUGGAUUCCUAGAUAUCCCAAAGGGCCCUGAAAGUAUUGCUAAUAUCCAAGAAUUUCGGGGAAGAAUAUUCCACAGCUCUGAUUGGGACCGCAAGGUUAACUUUGAAGGAAAGGAUGUCGUGGUCGUUGGGAACGGUGCUUCAGCAAACCAGUUCGUCCCGUGGCUACUCACUCAGAACACCGGUCUGAGGAACCUGGUCCAGGUCGUCCGAAGCGCACAAUGGAUCGCUCCUAAGGAAACUCAACGAAUUGAGAAGGUACAGAAAUGGGUUUUGAGAAACAUCCCGUUCACAAAUCGACUAUCUCGCUGGUGGCUAGCUAUGAAGCUUGAUCUCGCCUUCGUCGCUUUCAAAGACAGUUUCUUAGGCUGCCACGUCAGAGGGAGGCUGGAGGCGUCACUUGUUUCCUAUAUAGAGAAGACCGCCCCGAGUCAAUACCGUUCUAUCCUUGUCCCUUCUUACGCAUUCGGCGCCAAGCAUGCCAUAUUAGACCACGGAUAUCUUGCUUCACUUCAUGAUCCCAAAGCGAAGUUGAUCAAAUCCAAGAGUCUAAGAAUUAUCAGUGCGAACCAAAUUGCAGACGAAAGCGGCGUUGCAUAUCCUGCGGACAUUAUUAUUCUAGCUAAUGGAUUCAAGACAGCGCAGCUUCUCACCCUAAUGCAAAUCACGGGCCUAAACGGACUCAAUCUCAGGGAUAUAUGGGAGCGCGGGCCUGAUGGGGCGAGGGCAUAUAUGGGAGUAAUGGUGUCUGGGUUUCGGAAUCUCUUUCUGCUUACAGGUCCGAACACGCUUCCGUCGGGACAUUCAACGCUUCUUGGCAUCGAGCACUCUGUAACAUACAUCCUGCGCCUGCUUGAGCCUUUGCUUGGGUCAAAAGUGCUGUCCAAUCAGCCAAGCGCGUCCAAGAUUGAAGUAAAGAAAGAAGCAGAGGAUGGUUUCAACAAAUUCGUAGAGCGCAGGAUGAAGGGGCUGGUGUAUACGUCUGAUAUCAGCACUUGGUAUAUUGAUAAGCGGACGGGGAAGAAUCAUCUUGUAUGGCCGGGAAGCCAGUUGGGGUUUUGGUGGUCGAGGUGCGUCGAGAUGGUCCGCUGGACUGACUUUGUCCUCUCGAAGGAGAAGACGACGUGA